AUGGUUCCCAGAGAGGAACCGGACGACCACGAUGCGAACAUAGAGGGAGACAUAGACGCAGACACAGACGCAGGCUCACACGAGGCUCCGCGAGCGUCACGCAUCUUCGGCGGAGCGAACGGCAACCUAGACGACGCGGUGCAACCCUUGCGCGAGAUGGCAGAUCGUGUGGGCAGCGAGGUUGAGGCUUUCGCAGAGAGACUCGACAUGUUCAUCGAAAGCCUUUGCACAGGAACGAGUCAAACUUACGAUCUCGUGGUGGAGCUCGUCGGUCAAUUCAAGGAAAUCGCUCGCGAAGCCGCACUCAAGCUCGAAAGCGACUAUCGCAGAGAGAGGGCACAGCAGCUGAGGAAGGAGUGGAAUGAGCAGAACCCCGACGUCUCCUAUAGCCGCAGCCAGAACGAUGCGCUUGCCACGAGCACGAGUCUGAAACUGGGCGGCAGCAUGAGCGAGGCGAAGAGAGAGCAGGUUGCGAUCCAGCGGCAGUGGCAGCAAGAGGCGGACAUCUGGGACCUUUUCCACAUCAUUCUCGACGUGCACCACAACCCUCAGAGAUCUUCACAGUUUCGCCAACAAAAUCCUUCUACAUCGGACGCCGUGCACCGUUACACCACCGAAAAGCAACUCUGGGACCGAUUUCUACUGACUGACGACUUGGCCCAUGAGCGCAGUCUGGUGAAGACAUGGCUGGAACAGAGCGCGGAACACCAGGCCAGCGAUCUGAAUGGCAUCGUAGAGGAGCUUGAGGCGAAGGCUGGACGGGGCAAGGGACUGUGGCACCAUGGGUGGAUGCACACGCGAGAGCAUAUUAAGCAUGAAAAGAGGAUGAGGGCGUGGCCAGCCCCUGACGCAGACCCGUUGCCACAACUGCGGAGUACCGACAAGGCGGAAUUGCUUGUCACCAGUCUAGAUCCUGACGCUGCGACUCGCCAGGAUAGGGUACUUGAGAAGCCCGAUGCGCAUUUUGAGCAGGCCAUGUGGAUUGCCUGUUGGGAAAUGCUGAGACGAGGUAAAAGCUGGGAGGAAGUCAGCCAAUGGUGUGAAGAGCGGCACGAAAGCUGGAGAGCGAUCGCUCUCGGCAAAGGUUUCGAUCAGUCUCAAUUACGUUCAAGUGCUACGUUUAGAAAGAUUGCCUACGCUGCUUCAAAAUCAAAGGUGUCGAACAGCUACGAAGCAGCAGUGUACGGACUCCUCGGAGGCAACAUCCACGCUACGCAGAAGGUAUGUCGCAGCAUGGACGAUCACCUACACGCACACUAUUCUGCUGCUCUUGUGCGACAAUUCGACAAAUUCCUCGCUGUCAAUCAUCCCAAUCGAGGGCGAAACGAUCCUCUCCCGGACGGCACUCUCGAAGACCAAGAUCUUGCCAUAUACGACCUUCUCGCAAGGCUGCGAUCGGAGGCUUCCACCAAAGACGAAUCCGUCCAGCCAAUGAAGAUCAUCGAAAGCUACGUGAUUGCCAACGACGUGGGCAGUAUGAUUCAUACCCUUGGCUUCGCGCUUUCCUUGACGGAUCAGCAAUCUGGUCGACGGGAGAAGAUGAUUGCACAUCUUGAGCCAUUCUGGGAGAAUGCAAGCCAGAACGAGCCUGAAGAAGCUAUUGGCCUCAAUCCCCAUACACUACGUAUCGCAGCGCAUAUGGGCAUUCUGCUGGAUAUCCUUGCGCCACAGGAUCUGCAGGGCGAUGAGGCCAUCGCGAAGAUGAACGUGAUUGUUGCGUAUAUCCAGACGCUGCGGGCAGCAGGAAAACGUGAUCUCAUCCCGGUCUACGCUUCAAGGCUCUCCAUGGGAGCAUAUGUUAUGGUGAUGAGCCACGUCCUCGAAGAUAUCACAACACCCAGGGAGCAGGACGAGACGUUGAAAUUACUGCGUCAGUACAAUCUUGACGUGGUUUUCAUCCUGAAUGAGCAGCUGGGUUAUGUGCUUGACAAGCUUUUGACGAAGAACUUGAAAGCGGAGAAACCAGUGAACAUGUUGAAGCCAUCGGACGAUGCUAAGCAUCCUGGCCAGCACAUAUCUGAAGAAUUCCUGGCUGAUGAGCAUCCGGAAGAAGACUCGAAGGUGAUCGCGAGUCUGAAGUGGUUUGACAUUGUUGAAGGGCUAUGGGAGCGCACAUUCUACAGCCUGAGUCUCGCGCUCAGGAAAGCUCUGAUCUCUGGUCGCAUCGCCCUUGCGAUAAAGAUCAUUAACACAUACCCAUACGAAGACAUUGCCGUUCGGAAGUCAUAUCAGGAGAUAGGCAAAUCUUACAAUCCUAUGGAUGACGAACAGGCCCCCUCCGCAGAAGCUGCUUCCCAUCAUAUACGAAUGCGCAAGGAAUCGCGUUGCUAUUAUGAGCUUUCACUCCUAGUGCAAGCAAUCAAGGCGCUUGGGUCCUGGCGUACGCAGGAAGCAGAGUACAUUGAGAAACACCCUCGUCUUACCGGCGCGAGCCCAGACCUCAAAGCCGCCAAAGAGGCGGUGACGGAAGCAAUGGAUCCUGUACUGAACGGACUGCUUUUGCUCGGCGAUAGUUUCGCAGACGCAGACGAAAAGGCGGACGAAAAGGCAGACUGCGCUCAAAUCCGUCAGUGGUACGUUCCGGAGCUGGUCAUUGCUUACAACACUGUGCUUCAUUCUGCCGGAUAUCUUAUCAGCAGAGACAAUUUGAUUGAUUCGAUGGAUUUGAGCGUUACGGUCGCCGACGAGAAGAAUCUGCUUUCAGAGGUCUGUGUUCAAGCGGGUAGAAUGCGAGAGCUCGUUGCAUCGUUUGCUUCGACAAGCAAAGCUAUGUUGGUCCUCAAAGCAGAAGGCAAGAAGUGGACUUCAAGAAAGAUGAAAGGUCGUGAAGGGAAGGACCUUGGCAUCUGGGAGAUUGGCUCCCAGGUUGCUGUGAGGCCGAGUCGGACUCUCUCGCUGUCCUAGGAGAACCGAGAGAUGGCCGAUGCUGGAUCGUCGCACAUCAGAGGUAACCUGAACAUGGACAAAAGCAGGAACGUCCGCGCUGCGGAGGAGGAUAAUGCAGAGGGCAUUGAAAAAAGUGGCGACAGUGGCUCGCACUCAGGAUCAUCGGCUGAAAAUAGCGCAGCCGAGUGGGAAGACACGGCCAUGGCUUUGUAGACCUUGACUGAGACAAAGAAGUCGUCCAGCAUAGAUGGCUACUAUAGCCAUGAACACCAGCGCUAGAUACUAUACUGUAGCCAGCUUGGCACGCU